GGAGAUGGUGAAUGCCUGGUUUGCUGAGCGCAUUCAUACCAUCCAGCCUUCUGUUCUCAAAGAAAAUUCUUCACAGCAGCAGCUCUCUACAGAUCUUGGCCCCUCACCUGCCUCCACCAUCCUCCCGCCUGCCCUCAGCCUCCUGGAGAACCGCUCACCCUCACCUGCCACAGUCUCCAGCCCAGCUCCUGGCACCCCAACUCGCAAAAUCUCAGCUUCAGAGUUUGACCGUCCUCUGAGACCCAUCGUGGUCAAAGACUCAGAAGGUUCCCUGACUUUUCUAAGUGACACGGAGCGUGAAACAGUCCAUCUUCAAGGCUCAGUCAUGGGUGAGUGUGGUAUAAGUGAUGGUGGAGGUAAUGAAAGUGGAUGUGGCAGCGGGGGGGACUGCUGCACCAGGCUGCUGGAGCUGGUAAAGGAAGUGUCGAGUCAUCUGGAUGUGACUGCUCUCUGCCAUAAGAUCUUCCUUCACAUCAAUGAGCUCAUCGCUGCAGAUCGCUACUCCCUUUUUCUGGUGGGUGAAGACAGCUCCAACAGGAAGUUUUUGAUCAGCCGACUGUUUGACGUUGCCGAGGGUUCCACGUUGGAGGAAUCAUCCAGCAGCUGCAUCCGACUGGAGUGGAACAAAGGCAUUGUGGGACAUGUAGCUGCCACAGGACAACUGCUCAACAUCAAGAACGCGUACGAGGAUCCCAGGUUCAAUGCAGAAGUGGACCAGAUCACCGGUUACAAAACCCAGAGRAUCCUUUGUCUGCCCAUCAAGAACCACAGAGGAGAGGUUGUUGGAGUGGCUCAGGCUAUCAACAAGAAAUGUGGAGAGGACAGUGCCUUCACAGAGCAGGAUGAAAAGGACUUUUCAGCCUAUUUGGCUUUUUCAGGCAUCGUCCUGCACAACGCACAGCUGUACGAGACGUCACAGCUGGAGAACAGACGCAAUCAGGUACUGUUAGACCUGGCCAGUCUGAUCUUUGAGGAGCAGCAGUGUCUGGAGGUUUUACUGCGGAGGAUCGCAGGAACUAUCCUCUCCUUCAUGCAGGCCCAGGCUUGCACUGUCUUCAUUGCUGAUGAUGACUCAAUGAACUCCUUCUCCAGUGUCUUUCACAUGGAAUACGAGGAGCUGACUGAAGUCCUUGAUGCCCCUAAAAGGGACUGUGACGGCAGUCAGAUUAAUUACCUGUACGCUCAGUAUGUCAGAAACACCAUGUUGCCUCUCAACAUCGCUGACGUCACCAAGGACCAGCGCUUCCCCUGGACAGGUGAAAACUCCAACCACAGCAGGGAUCAGAUAAAAAGUUUACUCUGCACUCCCAUCAGGAAUGGAAAAAAGGACAAAGUCAUAGGUGUUUGCCAGUUGGUGAAUAAAUUGGAUGAAGCAUGCAACAACAUUAAGGCCUUUAACAGAAAUGACGAGCAGUUCCUGGAAGCGUUUGCUAUCUUCUGUGGCCUCGGCAUUCAGAACACACAGAUGUAUGAAACGGUGGAGAGAGCCAUGGCCAAGCAGGAGGUCACACUAGAGGUCUUGUCAUAUCACGCCACUGCCACAGAGGAAGAGUCCCGGAAAAUCCAGGUAACAGCGGUUGCCACGGUUCCAUCGGCCCAGUCAUUGCGUCUGCUGGACUUUAGCUUCAGUGACUUCGAGCUGUCCGACGCUGAAACCACACUCGCUACCAUCCGCAUGUUUGUUGACCUUGACCUGAUCCAGAACUUCCAGAUGAAGUACACAAGUUUGUGUCAGUGGGUUCUGAGUGUGAAGAAAAACUACAGAAAGAACGUGGCCUAUCACAACUGGAGACAUGCYUUCAACACGGCACAGUGCAUGUUUGCUCUCCUCAAGUCCGGACGCUUUCAGAACAACAUGAAUGAUUUAGAGAUCUUGGCUCUGAUGAUUGCCACUCUCUGCCAUGACCUGGACCACCGAGGAGUCAACAACUCCUACAUCCAGAGGAGUGAUCAUCCUCUGGCCCAGCUCUACUGCCACUCCACCAUGGAGCAUCACCACUUUGAUCAGUGCCUCAUGAUUCUCAACAGCCCUGGAAACCAGAUCCUAAGUGGUCUCUCUCUGGACGAGUACAAGAUCACUCUGAAGAUGAUUGAAAGGGCGAUCCUGGCUACUGACCUCGCCCUGUACAUGAAGAGGAGAGAAGAAUUCUUUGAGCUCACCAAGAACAACCAGUUUGUUUGGGAGGAUGAACAUCACAGAGAAUUACUGAGGUCAAUGCUGAUGACUGCAUGUGACAUCUCAGCCAUCACUAAGCCGUGGCCGGUGCAGAAAAGGAUUGCAGAGCUGGUGGCCACAGAGUUUUUUGAACAGGGAGACAAAGAAAGGCGGGAACUGAAUAUUGAGCCAAUCGAUUUGAUGAAUCGUGAGAAAAGAGAUAAGAUACCCAGCAUGCAGGUGUCCUUCAUUGAUGCCAUUUGCAUUCAGUUGUAUGAGACUUUGGCUAGCAUGUCGGAGUACUGUUCCCCGCUGCUGGAGGGCUGUCAGAAGAACCGGCAGCACUGGAAGCAUUUGGCUGAAGACUUAGAGAAGGGUCUGGUCAAUGGACUGGUGUGACACCCCUCACCCCCCAAAUCUACUUCUAACAGACGUAAACUCACAGGAUUCUUCUGGCCUCGCUAAUUUUCAUGACUUUAGCCCAAUGUUUUACAUGACAUGCUGUGUGCACUGAAACAAACCUGUAAAGUCGUUUUCCUGUCCUAAAAAAUACGGAAGCUUGUUGAGGAAUGAAGGGUUUGUCUGUCUGUGGGAAUCCAUGCUAUAAAUGUUAACUUAUGGUUAUUUAUCUUCGGUCUGACCUCAGAUCUGAGAAUCUCACAGCCAACCMGUGUACCCGUUGGCAGUCAGAAACAAAACAGGGUUUGUUAGUUGUUGUGCUCAGGAACUAAGCCCUGCAGCAACAUGUUCACUGAAAGAAGUUUUAGUGCCGUGACUGAUUUGGUACAAACUGAUAGAAGCAGAACAAGAAAGCUGCCUGUGUGCACGAGGCAGCCAUGUUGGAUUUUGAGGUUGGAAUUGGCAAGAAACAUUCAACAUUUUCAAUCUAAAUUCUGACUUCAGGGACCAUUCCAGAUGAUUUUUCAUCAAUUUAACCUCUUGAUUAUAAGCAUGUUUACAGUGCUAACACUGAGUGGACUGAUUUCUAUGUUCAGUCCUUCAGACAAAAUACAAUAAUAGAAAUGUUAAGUUAUAGAAAAAUUCAAUCGAUAACCAAAGGACAAUUGUACAAACCUUCAGAUUCAUCUUGUAGCAUCCAUAUUACAYUGGUUCUCAAACUGGUCAUAAACACCACAGCAGCAAAGCUAURAGUGUCACCACUAUAACAAACAGAAAAACAGUCCCUUUAUCUGACAGAAAUAAGCCAACUGACCAAUCUACUUAUCGUUAGCUCUUCCCUAAAAAUGAACCCCCCUUCUUUAUUCUAAACUUUAAACCCAUUUAAAGAGACACACAGAGGACUGGUUAUCCUUGACUGGACCAGKUGUUUAGUGGCUGAAACACUGAGAACAUAUCCCAUAAUUCAACCAAACAUAGAUGUUCUGAUUGAAACUUCAAUAAUGGUAGRAAUCUUCACAUUCUUCUUUGAUAUGCACCAGCUGUGCCUCAUGUUUCACUUCUUUCACACAUUGGACUGAUUCAGAUAGACACUGUAAUAGGAAAAUCACACUGAACUGAAGUUGGACUCUUUAAAAUCCUUUGAUUCCGUACAAUCUUUGCAUUGUCCAGUUCUAAAGACACUGUGGUCUAAAACAUUCCUCUAAUCCACAAGUUUGACAUAACUUGUAUGAAUUUUCUUUGUUUUGCACUUUUUGUUGGUAGCAGGUACUUUUGAGAUUUCACUGAUGCUGCUUCAGUAACCAUCAGUUAACCAUCAUUCCCUCCAGUUUCCACAAAGGGUUUCCACUGCAUUUUUGUUUGGACUAGUUUUGGUUUGCAGUCAAAGGUUGAACCACUCAUCCUUUUUUGUUUUGGGCCAAUAUUGCCUUUUAGUUUUAUGUCACUGUUUAGCUUAUGGUAAUUAAUUUGCCUGUUAUUUAACUAUCAAAUAGUUUCUGAGUACCAUUGGAGGUGGUCCUGUGUAUCACCAUGGUACAAGUUUGAGAAACAUGGUAUUAAUGUGUACAUGUAGAUGUACUGUAAUGCUAACACAUUAGCACCUAAAUUAUGGACUGAAUUUGUAACAUUGUUGUGCAUCAAAAAAUGUCCCCUAGCUCAUGAAUAUAAAUGAAGUUCAGCAGAUUGUAGCAGUUAGUACUGUUCCCAGACUCUGGUUGAGRUUCAGUCCCGUCAGGUUUGGUGAGCAAAGUAUUUUUUUAAUGAAAUCACCUCAACAACAAAAUUCAAACUAAAGUUGAAGUAUGUCCAAAUAUAACUUCUACAACAAAAAAUGAGGAACUUCUGUUUGUUUUACUAUCAAGGUACAGCUCAUUUUAUCAUGAGUUCUUAGGGCCGUCUUCUGUAUAGUCCUGUUUCUUUAGGACUGUCUUCUGUAGUCCCAGAUUUUUUAGGACUGUCUUCUGUAGUUUCAGAGUUCUUUAGAACCGUCUUCUGUGGUCCCAGAUUUCUUAGGUCUGUCUUCUGUAGGUCUAGAGUUCCUUAGGACCGUUUUCUAUUGUCCCAUGUUUUUAGGACCAUCUUCUGUAGUCCCAGAGUUCCUUAGGACCAUUUUCUGCGGUCCUAUGUUUCUUUAGGACCAUCUUUUGUAGUCCCAGAUUUCUUGGGACUGUCUUCUGUAGUUUCAGAGUUCUUUAGGACUGUCUUACAUAGGUCCAGAGUUCCUUAGGACCGUUUCCUGUUGUCCCAUGUUUUUAGGACCAUCUUCUGUAGUUCCAGAGUCCCUUAGUACUGUCUUCUGUAAUCCCAGAGUCCCUUAGUACUGUCUUCUGUAGUCCCAGAGUCCCUUAGUACUGUCUUCUGUAGUCCCAGAGUUCCAUAGGACCAUUUCCUGUUGUCCCAUGUUUCUUUAGGACUGUCUUACGUAGGUCCAGAGUUCCUUAGGACCGUUUUCUGUGGUCCCAGAGUUUUUAGGACUGUCUUCUGUAGUCAGAGUUGUCAGCCACAGGAAAUAACACCAGAGUGAGCACUAAGCUAUAUUUAUGACCAUAGGCUUUAUUUUUGCAUGGUGGUUUUSAUCUUGAAGUUUCACCUUCGCAGUUAAUCUCACUGUCAGGUGGUCCAACCCAGGUCCUUGAGAGACCAGAACCAGUCCAGUCCAGUGGGAUCAAAUGGACUUACUGUAUACUUUGUGUCACAAUUACUAAACUUGUUAGAUGACUUUGUUCACGGCACACAAGUUUGACUUUUAUACAUUUUUCACUCACUGUCUUAACUGUUGCAUAUUUAUUUUUGUUUUAUAUAUUUAUUAGAGUUUCUAUAUUGUACUUUUGAAAAGAGCACAUAAUUCUUAUAGAAAAUGUAGUUUUAAUAUGAAAAGCAACUGUUUUCUUUUUUAUUUUUUGAAAGACCUUUUUAACUACCGCAUGAUCUGAAACCUGUUCAGAAUGUUUGCCUUGUUUUAGUGAAAAACUGGUUUGAUUUUUCCACUGCUGUGUGAUAAAGCAGGACCAUUAAAAAAGUUUUAUUUCCUCAUGUUUCUUUACACCCAUAUCAGGAAGUAAAUCCAGUCUAUGAAAACAUAUCAGCUGAUUCAAAGGUCAAAUUAUUGCUGUCACUGAAUGAGAUCAGCUGAUCUAAAACAAAUCUUCUAGUUGUACAUUUGAUGGAAGCUUACAUUUCUAAUCCACCUGGUUUCGAACAAUUGUUGAAAACGUCUCGAAUUGGCCAGAGUAUGCUUACUGUAUACCCUGAAGGUGAAGUCACGUUUAUUUCCUUCAGAGACCAAAUCACUUAAAACUUAUUUCAAAGAUAAAAUCCUCAAMUUCUGAAAACUAAGCACAUUUUGACUUUUAACACUGGGUCAGGGACGUCAUGCAGUGUUCAGAGGCUGUACUGGUGAAAACACGUGUCGGAUAGUAAAAAUGCACUCAUCUGCCUACGUGUAUUCGAAAUACCAGGAAAUACUUGCUGAUAUGGGUCUGAGAACUGGUUUUGUGCUUCAAGUGUGAUUUAGUCACAUUUAGUAGUUAGUACCUAGUCCAUAAGUCGGACCAGUGGUACUGGUUCUACAGCAAGAGCGAACUCAYAACUUCUGUUGUAAAACGAUUAUUUCUGACCAGAUUUCUACUUACUUUAAAUACACAUUCAGGUUGUUCUAGUUAGUUAUGUAGAGAGAAAUUAUCCUGUUUUGUUGGGAUCACUGUUCACUCCUACACAACUGUAGUUAUACGCACACCAACAGAUGCCACAUUAGUGCAUUUUGUCAUAAACACGMUGAAGCACUUGUGUAGAUGCUUAAAAAGAUCAUCUGUAUUUGUUGUGGUUGUUUUGUACUUUGAAGUUUCCAGGGUUGUAAUAGACACGUGCUACUUUUUGUAACAUGAUGGAUUUCUGUAAUAAAUCUGGUACCAGUGUGACAGACAWGUCUCACUGUGAGCCCAGAGUCCGGCUGAAUAAAGGAUGUUAUUUUCCAUG